AUGUCGCCUUUAACACCAUCGAAGCCCAACGGCCAAUACGUCGUCAAGAUUGCGCGUUUGAGCUCAUCUGGAUACGUCGGCUCACCAGCCAUGUUCAAAGGCAGCUGCUCCCUCGCCACCAACCACCUCCUCGCGCAAUACAACGUCGGUCACAUCAUACCGCAAGGCAGUAGUGGCGUCGUAUACCUCCAUAUCGUAGACGCAAUCGAGGUGUACCGGCUGGGAUACGCGCUGCUAAGUCACUCCAUCCCCAGGAACGAUCCUCAUAUAGAUGAGGGGGCGAUGAGCAAGCAGGCAGCCAUGCUUACAGACUAG